UAACCGUUAUAAAAGUUUCCCAUAGUAAAAGCACAGCAAAGGGAUCCGGAACUGUAUUUAGUUUGCUGCAUGUAGUCGCUGUUUGAGCGGGGAUUUAUUUCGGUGCUGCACUUUCUUCCCACAUGGUUAACGGCACUUCCUGUCCAUGUUGUUGUGAGCGCUUUUCAGAAUGAAGCUGCUGACGCACAACAUGCUCACGUCACACGUGAAAGGGGUCACGUGUGGAUAUCCGCUUCUCAUCCAGGCAACGGAAGUGAAGCUGAAUGACGUCGAUUUCAACGCCGAGUUCGUCGCGCGGAUGAUUCCCAAAAUGGAGUGGAGCGCGCUGGUGGGGGCGGCCGACAGCUUGGGGCACCUGAACGAUCUUCCCAAAGAUCUGAUUUCAGACUACGAGAACAACGAGGACUUCCUGCGCAAAGUGCAUCACAUCCUGCUGGAGGUGGAGGUGCUGGAGGGGACCCUGAAGUGCCCAGAAUCGGGGCGCGAGUUCCCCGUCUCCAAGGGGGUCCCCAACAUGCUGCUUAACGAGGACGAGUCUUAAGACACCCCGAGACCUUCUGAUGAAAAAAAUAAAAAGAGGGGAGAGAGAUAGACAGGGUUAGGGUGUGUCUCAGUGUGUGUUGUCAUGUGAUCUGUUGUGUGAAAAUCAUGUGAUAUCUACUUACCCUUUACCCACCCAGUCCUGGGUAGAAUAAGAAAUUCGGCAUAAAAACUACAGCUCCCAGCAUGCCUCAGCACUGGUAGUAACAGCUAGAGGAUGAUGGGAGUUGUAGUUCUUUACACAGAUAAAAGCACAGGACUACAUUUCUGAACAUGCAUGCUGGGAGGUGGAAGAGGAUCACAUCCUGGUUUUUCUUUGUGUUGUGCUCAAGGUAAAAAUAGUUGUUUUAUAUUUAAAUAAAUAAAGGUUUUGCAAUUGCUCCA